AUGACUGUUGAAGAUCUCAUGGUAAGGCUGAGAAUCGAAGAGGAUAACAAGGCCGCAGAAAAGAGAUCGCGUGGUAAUUCAACAAUAUCUAGAGCUAAUGAAUGUAGGGGUCCCAAGAAGGACAAGAAGAAGGAUCAAGCAAAUUUGGCAGAAUCCAAAGGAGAGAUGGUCGAUCUUUGUGCAAUGCUUUCAGAAUGCAACUUGGUUGGAAAUCCAAGAGAAUGGUGGAUAGAUUCUGGUGCCUCAUGCCAUGUUUGUGCCAACAAAGAAUUAUUUUCAUCAUAUACUCCAGCACCUACAGACGAGAAGUUGUUUAUGGCAAAUUCCGUUGUUGCAAAGGUGGAAGGAACUGGCAAGAUCCUUCUAAAGAUGACAUCAGGCAAGGUGGAGACUUUGAACAUGGUCUCACGUGUUUUUACUUUUGAGGGUAGAUGCCUAGUGGUGAAUCGGAUGGACCGAUUCAUGCUCUCUUGGCAGAAUAGAAUACUUGUGUGGGUGGGCCGAUUCAGAGAUAGUGGGUUUGAUGUGGUAUUGGGGUGGUGGAAGGUUUUCGGAAGUUCUACAAGUGUCAUCUUGCUUUUGGAAAGGUAUAGAGAGGCUACCGUGGCCCGUGGGCCUAGUUCUUCCGUUGCUGGAAUUGUCUACAAUUACGGAUCCUACUUCAGUGUUUUGGUGGCAUCCUUAGAGGUUUUAUAUGCUUGGAUGGGUCGAUCAUCAGUUGGAUACUUGAUCAUUUCUAUCUGUGGGUUAGAUAAGCGUGAUUAUUCCAAGAUGGGUGCUCGAUGGAUAUGCAUCAGAUUAGUAUGA